AUGGCUCAUGUACCGCCACCGGGCCAGGAGGGAUUUAAUUCUUCGGUCGGCACACAGUUUCCCCUCCCCGUUCCGCAGGUACAAAGGCCAGCCUUCCCGUCAGGUGAUACAUCUAUGAGAGAGACACCUGACGUUUCGACGGAAAUGGACAACCGCCUGAAAAUCGACAGUCCAUCGGACGAAGAGUCCGAAGACAGCUUGUUAUCCGACACCUCUUCUGAAAUCCAUGAGCCUGUGGCACCAGCUAAGCGUGGUCUCCCGAUUUCCAAGCUUCCGACUGGUCUAUGUUAUGAUGAGCGCAUGCGAUAUCAUGCCGAAGUAGCAACGACGACCGGCGAAGGUGUGCAUCCGGAAGAUCCUAGACGGAUAUACUACAUCUACAAGGAGCUUUGUGAAGCCGGAUUGGUUGACGACAAGAAGCACCCUCCAGUGGUAGAAAUGCCCCUGUAUCGAAUACCUGCCCGUGAAGCCACGGAGGCCGAGUGCCGUCUGGUCCAUACGAAGGAGCAGUAUGAACAAGUAAAAGGGACCGCGGGUAAGCCCCUCAACAAUGACACACUUCGUCACUGGGAGCCCGAGCUAAUGACCGGGGAAUCCUUUGCAGUAAUGACCGACGAAGAGCUUAUCGAUCUUUCGGAUCGUCAAGACAUGGAUUCAAUAUACUUUAAUCAGCUAUCCUUCUUCUCUGCCAAACUAUCUGCAGGCGCGGCGAUUGAGACCUGUCGAGCGGUUAUGUCACGGAAGGUAAAAAAUGCCAUCGCCGUUAUCCGACCUCCAGGGCAUCAUGCAGAGAUUGGGAGACCCAUGGGGUUCUGUCUCUUCAACAAUGUCUGUAUUGCUUCUAGGGUCUGCCAGAAUGACUUUGGGGAACAUUGCAGGAAAAUCCUGGUCGUGGAUUGGGAUGUCCAUCACGGCAAUGGCUGUCAACAAGCUUUCUACGAUGACCCCAACGUUCUCUACAUAUCCUUGCACGUACACAUGAACGGGACGUUCUACCCUACAGGGAACGAGGGUGACAUGUAUCACUGUGGCGUUGGCGCUGGCGAGGGAAGAAACGUCAAUAUUCCCUGGCCCACAAAAGGCAUGGGCGAUGGUGACUACAUGUACGCGUUCCAGAACGUCGUCAUGCCCAUCGCGAACGAAUUCGACCCGGAUUUCGUCGUCGUUGCUGCAGGAUUCGACGCCGCAGCUGGAGAUGAGCUGGGUGGUUGUUUCGUCUCACCGCCCUGCUAUGCACACAUGACACACAUGCUAAUGUCCCUCGCUGGAGGGAGGAUUGCUGUGUGCUUGGAAGGGGGUUACAACUUCCGCGCUAUCUCAAAAUCCGCCCUCGCGGUCACCCGCACCUUGAUGGGUGAACCUCCUGAUCGCCUGCAAGCUACGGCAGCCACACAGGACGCGGUGAACACCGUGGCCAAGGUGCGAAAUGUCCAGUCGAAGUAUUGGAGAAGUAUCUAUCCCAAGGACCACAUCGGCGGAAUAUUUGGUGGAGAAAGAUUGCAUGACAUCAUUCGCCGGUAUCAGGCCAUGCACCUCUAUGAUAAAUACAAGUUCACCCAGCUGUAUAUCUACCGCGAUACAGUGUCAAAAUCAUUUGACCAGCAGGUCCUCGCGACACCCAACUACGAGACCAAGAAAGCUUUGAUGAUCAUAUUCCAUGACUCACCUGAUCUUCUCAGCGCCCACAAUGGUCUUUCUGCGGUACAGAAGCCUCAUGAUACAUGGCUUGUUGACGGCACACAGUCGUACGUCCAUUGGGCGGCUUCCCACGGCAUGGGAGUCAUAGACAUCAACGUGCCCGAGUUCAUCACUGUUUCCACCGACGACGAUCCGAACACAAAGUCCGACUUUCUUUCCUCCACUCAUCCACAUGGAUCGUCGAGAGAUGUCGAAUACGCUUCCACAACGACCGACCUUGCAAGAAAAGAAGGCGAGAAACUUGCCUUGUACAUCUGGGAAAACUACGUCGAGCCAUACGACUUUCCCUGGGGAAUUAUCCUGAUGGGUGCAGGCCACGCAUUUCACGCCAUUGCGAAAUUGGUGUCGGUGAACGACAACGUCUAUCAAAACCUCGUGGGGAUCGUGUGUUUCAUCUCCACUGAGCCAAUUCGCCCUAUCAGCAAUCCCAGCGGUAACCACUGGGUGAGUCAGUGGUAUCGCAACAAUUCACUAGUGGUUGUUAGUGGCAGGCACAGUCUGUGGAAGAAGGAGAAAGAAAGCGGGAGAGUGAGCAAGCGAUAUGGGCGGCUUGUGCGGAGUGACGCGGAGGGUCUGAAUCAAAUCAUGAUGCAACACAAGGAGGAGGUCUGUCAGUGGAUGUUCGACAAGGUGAGCCAGCGCAAGGACGAGAUGUCCGCCGAGGAAGAGGAUGCCGAGGAUGUCGAGGAUGUCGAGGAUGAGAAUGCCAUGGCCAUGGUCGGCGAGGAUGUGGAUGUGGAACGGAGAGAGAGGGAGAGUGAUGGCGACACCAUCGAUGACCCUGGCGUGGUGGGGGCUGCCCGUGAUGCACCACGCAGUGGAUAUGCCCAGUCUGGUGAAACUGGAUACCUCCACAGUGCAAGCAGCGCAGGCAAUGGUGAAGUACCCAGGGGAUUUGCGAACAAUACCUUCGCAGCAGCAGCAGAGACGAUGACGACAGCACCGAUGACGCUGACAGUAGCAGGGGCGAGGGUCGGACCAGGGGCGAGGACAGGACCACCAGCCUCGUCGGCAGAGUACCCGCGCUCAACACCCUCUGGUGCCGGCGCCGGCGGAGACGUGUACAUGACGACGGGCCCUUGA